AUGCUCGCUGCAGAACUCGGGCAAAGGCCCAGCCGGGCUGUGCGCCUACUCCAUGCAGUCCAGCGCCUGGGGCUCGCCGAGCCGAACGUGUUGAGCAUCACGAUGGCCAUGUCUUGCCUGGAUGGCAUGAUUGAUGGAACGGACAUUGAACCACCCAGCCGAAUGGCAGGGUGGGAGGCAGCCUCCAGGAUGUUGGACGAUUCUCACAAGACUGCCCUGGAGCUUAACACCGUCACCUACACCGCUCUGAUAGGCCUCCAAGAAAGGGCUGGGCGAUGGGAGUCCGCACAAGCAGUGAUCAAGCAUUCGCGCUUGGCGCGGCUGGUCUAUGAUGCCCCCGCAUACCAUGCAGCCAUGAGGGUGCUUUUGGACACUGGGCGUGGAAGGGACAUGCUGGCGCGAGCACCCCCCCCGUGCAGUGAGAACCUCGGAGCAGCCAGUUGA